AUGGGAGACUUUGAUGUACUCCAAUAUUGUUGUCAGCUACAUAGCCUGAAACCACCUCCAUAUGAAUGUCCAGUAGCUGAUUGUGACAAAGUAUACUCAAGCAUGACUGGUUUUCAAUAUCACCUUGCUCACAUUCAACACGAGAGUCCUAUACCUCCAUUAGACAUGGUUGCACCGAACAAACAAAGUAUUGUUUUUCCAGUCGUCAGUAAAGCUAAAAGUAAAAAAAAGAAAGGAAGGCGAGUAUCUCAACCUGAAGUGGUAGAAGCUAUAACACCUGUUCAUUUAUCAAAAACUUUAUGUGAAGUUGAAGUUGCUGAUCAUAAAAUGAUACAAUUUAGUGCUGAUGAAUAUUUACCAAUAAUAUCAAAAGAUGAUUACUUAAAACAAAAAAAAGAUAUUAAAAUCCCUUUCAAAACAGCUGCAAUACUUUCUUCUUUAUCAAAAAUUAAAAAUGCUGUUAAAAGCUUACCUCAAGCUGCAUUUAGAGAAAUAGACAGUUACCAUAUACUUCAAGCUCCAUCUAUGCCCAAUUCAUACAUAAGAUUUAUUGAAAAGUCGGUUGAAGAAUUGGAUACUGAAGUUGAAUAUGAUUUCGAUGAACAAGAUGCUGCUUGGCUGCAAAUUAUGAAUGAACGCAGGGAAUCUUCAGGCUUGGCAGGAAUAUCAAUUGAGUCCUUUGAGCUGUUAAUGGACCGUUUAGAGAAAGAAUCGUAUUUUGUUGUACAAAUGAACAAAGAAGUUGCUAGUAGUUUAGCAGUCAUUGACGAUGACGCUGUUUGUUCUAUUUGUCUCGUUGGUGAAUCUCAAAAUUCAAACGUCAUUUUAUUUUGUGAUAUGUGCAAUCUUGCUGUCCAUCAAGAUUGUUAUGGUGUUCCAUAUAUACCUGAAGGACAAUGGCUUUGUCGGCGAUGUUUGCACUCGCCAUCACGUAUAGUUAACUGUGUAUUAUGCCCCAAUAAUUGUGGUGCAUUCAAACAAACUGAUCGUGAGCUAUGGGCUCAUGUUGUGUGUGCGUUAUGGAUACCAGAAGUUAGGUUUUCAAAUACUGUGUUUUUAGAACCAAUAGAUAGCGUUGAAACAAUUCCUACGGAUAGAUGGAAACUUACAUGCUAUAUUUGUAAACAACGUGGUGUAGGAGCAUGUAUUCAAUGCCACAAAUCAAGUUGCUAUGCCGCAUUUCAUGUCACAUGUGCUCAACAAUAUGGUUUAUAUAUGAAAAUGGAGACUAUAUCUAAUGAUAUUUCUAAUAUCGGAGAUGCUGAACCAGGUACAGUUUUAGUUCAAAAAGUUGCAUUUUGCGAUGCACAUGCACCAGUAGAUUAUCUAGCUGAAAACAAAGGACGACAAUCACCUGGAGAAAAAUUAAAUAAUGCCAGACAAGUUUUAGCUAAAAAACAUUCCACUGGUCCAGUCAUAUCGAUACCUACAAUACCACCAGAAAGAGUUGCUGAAAUAGCAAAUUUACUGUCAGUGCCCAAAAAAGGCCAGUUUGUACAACGACUAAUCGCUUAUUGGACAUUAAAACGGCAGUUUAGGAAUGGGGUUCCACUUAUAAGACGCUUACAAACUAUUCAACAUUCUAAUGUAUCACGAUGCGGAGAGCCAAUUACAUCAAAUCAACAUGAAUAUGAACUUGAAACCAAUAAACCAGAACAACAUUUAAUUGGAUUUGAUAUGGAUGAUAAUGUAUUGAUAGUUAUUGAAAAUAAGAAAAAAUCGGUAAAAAUGGAACUAAGUAAGGAAACAGGUGAAACUAUGGAAGUAGAAGAGCCAUCCAUUGUUAAUAAUAAUCAUGUUAAUAAAAAGAAACUGUCUAAAUCAAGUAUAUCAUCACCAGAACCUAAUGAUGUUAAGAACAAUUUGAAACUUACUACUCCAAAAAUCAACCUUACCACUUCUAACAAUAGAAUACGCCAUGCUUCGAAUAAAAAACCAAAUGUUAAUAUCUGUGAUGAUAUUUAUAAACUGCCAUUUGAGUAUGGAUGGAAACGAGAAUUAGUGUACAGAAAAUCUACUAUUCUUAAUAGAAGUGGAAGUAGAAGUGGUGAUGUAUACUAUCAUUCUCCAACUAACCAAAAACUUAGAUCAUUACGAGAAAUUCAGGAACAAUUGGACAUGUCAGCUGAUAAAAAUCUGACCAUAGAAAGUUUUACAUUUUUAAAACAACCAAUUGGCAUUAAUGAUCGAUCUAAAGAAAUUAUCAGAGAUGCAAAUUCAAAAUUAUCUAAAAAAGAAUCUUUUGUUGGUGUUGUGGUUAGACCUAAAAGAUCUGAGACACCUGUACACCGGCCAAAAUUUGAUUAUGAAUUGUCAGAUGAUGAAAACAACAAGUCUUUAAGUAAAAUGAAAAUAGUUCUUACUAAAGAAGGUAUUUCAGAAUCAAUGAAUACAUCUUCAUCUUCACCUGAAUACAUAUCUGAAAACGGUCAAGCUCUUCAAUCUAGUGCAUCACUAACCGUUUCUUCUACAAAACUUGAGGAAAUUGAUAUAAAUAACACACUAAUUAAAAGACGGAAUACUGAAAUGAAUGGUUCUUUAAAUGAAUUUGUAAAAAUGCAAUCAUUAAAUUACAUGGUUAAAGCAUUGGGACAUGUUUUUAAAUAUUUGAAAACACAUGAGCUGUUAUCAGCUUCUAGAGUAUGUAACACCUGGCAUUUAAUUGCAAUGAACAAAUACUUAUGGCAGAAUGUUCGUUUAAACAAUUCUAUGGUCUAUGACUGGGAUAGGUUUGUAGACUCAAUUAAUCAACAAAUAACUGAUAAAUUAGACACUAGAGGUAUGUUGAUACCCUCUAAAGUUGAAGACUUCGAAAGUUUUUGGAUACGAUUUGCAUAUGCAAUGAAAUCUGCUCAAAAGUUAAAAUUCAUUGAAUUGUAUAGAUGUCCUGUCCUUGUAGUUGAAGAUAUUAUUUACUCAUUACCUCAAAUUGAAGUACUUAAAGCUACUUCAAUAAUAAAUCCAAAUUUGACGAAUCAAACAAACAAUCUCAAUGAUUUAAUGUACCUAAACUUAAAUUAUUUGGGACAAAUGAAAAAGCUCACGGAGUUAAGACUAAAAGGUUUAACUGGAAUAAAAUUGACGGCAUUGCCAUCAUUUGAAAAUUUAAUAAAUUUGAAUACAUUUUCGUUAACCUCUAUUAAAGAAUUUCCAAAAGAGAUCUAUCAGAGUUUGAAUACUAUUACUGAUAAUAUUGAGUUUUUUGAAAUUGGUGAUUGCGAAUGCUUAACAAAGGAUUUUGCCAUGUCACUAAAAAGAUUUGUCAAUUUGAAAACAUUGAGAUUAGAAAAUUGCUGUAAUGGAUGGGAUCAAUCUGCACAUGAUGUUUUUACUGUCAUUAGAGGUCUUGAAAAGCUCAAUGUUCUGGAAUUGGUAAACAUAGAAUUCAGUAAUUGUGUCGAAGAUGAAUUGGAAAAAUGUGAUGGUAUUAAAGGUUUACUGAUUAUUCCUGCUUAUGUGAACGGAACCCCAAUUUCUAUCUGUAACAGUCAAUCAGACUGUCUCAAAAAACUGUCCAAGACAUUAACACACUUCGUUUGGGGAUUGACUCAUGAGUUAAUCCUUGAUACAGACUUAUUUCUAACUCAAUCUCAACAGAACCCACAUAAUAAUGGUUAUAAUUUAGAAUCAUCCCAUGCCAAAGGAACGACCAACAAUAUACCUAUACGCAGAACAAGAAAGCCCCGACAGCGACCAGGAGAUGAGGCUACUCCUGAAAAAGAAAAAGACAAGUCAGUUUUUGUUAAUAUAUAUACAGUUCCUGCUCUAGAGGAAUUGUUAGAUACUUUGAUGCCUGAUGUUAAGAUUAAGGUAAUUGAAGUUCCCUUUUCUGGAACAGGUAGAGCUUAUUUGAGUGAACAGUUUAACGAUCUUUAA